AACAGCUUCCUCCAAAGGUCAAAUCUUUCUUUACUACUUGGGGCUUUCACCAAUCAUAGCCCCAAGUUGUUUCAUCUUCUUCACAAAAUUUCUUGAAAUUUCUGCGCUUCUUAAUUUUGUAUUAUUUUUAUAUUGAUUUGUUUUUUUUUCAAAAAGUACUAAUAAAAUAGAAUCUCUACCUUGGUGAAAAGCCUCCAAAAGAAAGCUUGUCCCUUUCAAAGCAUCAAAAGCCUACUGAAAUUGCCUUCUCAUGACCCUUUAAAGCUCAAAAUAAAAGGUCCCAAUUCAAACCCAAAUACCCCUUUUGCCCCAUGCACUUACAUACAUAUAUAUCCCCUCCAAAAUCUACAUUUUUGAGAAAAAGUAUACACCUUUAAGGGCCAUUCUUUUCUUGAGAGAAAAGAGUAUGGCUCUUGUGAGUAGAAUUCCUUCAAUUUCUUCAUCUUCUGGAGCAACCCAAUUGAGAAAAAUCAAAUCUUUUGGGCUUAAACCUGCUUCUUGUAUCAACUAUGCAUCACAAUCAUCUUCCCCCUUUACUGAGAAGCAUUCAACUGAGAGGUACCAAAGGGACAAUUGGAUUUACAAGAAUGAAUUGGAGGAGAAAUCUGGUUCUUGUCCAAUUCUACCUGAUCCCAGCUAUGUUAGGGACUAUGACAUAGCUUUACAGCUACCUGAGCUGAAGAAAAUGCUUCAGGUUUUGAAGGAGAAGAGGGGAAGUGAAGGAGGAGGGGGUGAUAAAAGAGGGCCUGGGAAUGUGUACUUGGUUGGUACUGGACCAGGGGACCCUGAGUUGUUGACACUUAAGGCUUUGAGAGUUAUUCAGAAUGCUGAUCUUUUGUUGUAUGAUAGAUUGGUUUCUAAUGAAGUGUUGGAUUUGGUUGGUCCUGAUGCUAGACUUCUCUAUGUUGGUAAAACUGCUGGUUACCAUAGCAGAACUCAGGAAGAAAUUCAUGAGUUGCUUCUGAGUUUUGCAGAAGCUGGAGCAAAUGUUGUGAGACUAAAAGGCGGUGAUCCAUUGGUAUUUGGACGGGGUGGAGAAGAGAUGGAUUUUCUCCAACAAAAGGGGAUUCAAGUUAAAGUAAUUCCAGGUAUUACUGCAGCUUCUGGUAUAUCAGCAGAGUUGGGAAUUCCAUUAACCCAUCGUGGUGUUGCAAAUAGUGUUAGAUUUCUCACCGGUCACUCAAGAAAAGGCGGAACAGACCCACUUUUCGUUGCAGAGAAUGCAGCUGACCCUGACUGUACUUUAGUUGUUUAUAUGGGCUUGUCAACUCUUCCUUCCCUGGCCUCAAAGCUGAUACAUCAUGGGUUGCCAACUAACACACCAGCUGUUGCCAUUGAGAGAGGGACAACUCCCCAACAACGCUUGGUGUUUGCAGAAUUGAAGAAUCUAGCUGACGACAUUGCAUCAAACCAGCUUGUGUCACCAACCUUGAUUAUCAUUGGGAAGGUUGUGGCGCUUUCACCAUUAUGGAUUAUUUGUGAUCCCAAAACCUCUUCUCUUUCCUGCUGCCAAGCAGGACAUGCUGCUUGCUAAAAGAUGUGCAACCCGAUCAAUUCUCUUUCAGACUGAAAGUCUAGCACAAUAGAGGCGGUCUCAUUUCUGGUGCUGUGGCGAUAUUAGGAGAAGAAUCUCCAGCCAGCCUGAACAUCAGCAGGUCAGAUGUUUACUCUCAUUCCAAAAAUCUGGCAACUCUUGCUGUAUUUUCAAAAGGCAACCAGAGACAUUGAGAUUUUGAUCAAUAUCAGAUUUUUUUAAGCAAAUAUUAAUCCAUAAGCAUUCAUCAAGGAGCACAAUGUAUCUAUCGAAUAAUUGAUAAUUUUGUAAAUUGAGUUGGAAGGAUAUUGUGCUUUUUGGUUUUGAGCGUAUUUAUUAAAAGUGCUGCCUUUUGUUUUUAGUUUUGGGCGAUUAUUGAUUGUAUCUCUUAUUAUUCUCUUGUUGAGCAAGGCUGCCUUUUCUACGAGGUGUUUCAGCUGUUCC